GAGAGAGAGACAGACAGAGAGAGAUCAGGACAAACAGAUACCAGAGGUGGGAAGAGUUGACGGUGGGGGUGGGGGGGGGCUGGGGGGGGGGUCAUAAAGGACGGGGAAGAGACAGUUCUAAGUUGUGACAUUAAAACGCGGCAGUAACAUUAACCCAACGCAAUUACACGCUGAAACCUACUGCCUUCGAGAGAAACUGACAAGCCCCAGGAAAGGCAACAGUGGAACCGCGGGAGGAAAGCAACCAAAUAAAGGGCCGAUUGACGCGAGAUUGGGGAGUGGGCUUAUGUGGAGACCCUAGUUCUGACUGUCCCCCGUGGCUGAUGGAUGGUUUGCAUGCCCCUGGAGGCUGCCCGUGACUUACUGUGCCAGGACCGCCUGACCAAAGGCUAUCCUUCUUGACUACACUGAGGCCUGCCAACAACACUGACAAAAUUCCUGGCUUCUUGUCUGCAAUAAACAGCAAUGCAAGGCAGAAAUAAACUGAGCCUCGUAUUCUGACUAAGGGCACAAAAAGGCAAAGCAAAGCAAUGCUAUGCAAGGCAAGCCAGGGAUGCUGAGGUUGCUUCCGAAAGAAGAAGGAAGACUCAGAAUAUCUGAAGGUUUGCAGUCAGAAGGGCUGUGUCAGCGGAUGGGAACUCUGUCACAAGACUGAGACAUAAGAGUAGUCAGUCAAAGUGAGAAGAAUGUGUGUGGCCGCUUGGCUGUGGACAUCCACCCCUUUUGAGACACUUUGAAUGGAACAACCCUGAAUGGAACACACAUCCAGCGAGCUCCCAGCUCUUUUGAAGGAGGAUGUGGACAGAUGGCCUAAUGGAAAGAGAAGACGGAAGAACAGUCAAUCCUCAAUGAAAUCCACCAGCAUGUCAGGGUACAUUCCCAGCUAUCUGGAGAAAGAUGAACCCUGUGUAGUUUGCGGUGAUAAAGCGACAGGAUACCAUUACCGCUGCAUUACAUGUGAAGGCUGUAAGGGUUUCUUCAGAAGAACGAUCCAGAAAAACCUGCACCCGGCCUAUUCCUGUAAAUAUGAUGGCUGCUGUGUGAUUGACAAAAUCACCAGGAACCAAUGCCAGCUCUGUCGAUUCAAGAAAUGCACUGCCGUCGGCAUGGCGAUGGAUUUGGUUCUGGAUGAUGACAAACGCAUCGCGAAGAGGAAACUGAUUGAGGAAAACCGGGAGAAGCGACGACGGGAGGAGGUGGUGAAGACCAUGCAGAACAAGCCGGAGCCUACCACUGAGGAAUGGGAGCUAAUCAGGGCUGCCACAGAAGCGCACAUGACGACCAACGCACAGGGUAGCCACUGGAAACAGAAGCGGAAAUUUCUGUGGGGUUUCAGCCAAUGGAAUGUCAGCUUUCGGGAAGGCCAGCAGAUGCCAGUCAGGCAGGUUACGCCAGAGGGUUCCAUGUGCCCACCUGCUGAAACUAUCAUAUGUCCCUAUUGUGGAUAGUGACGCUAUACUCCCCCUCAGUAGAUGCCUUGGAUCACAGAGUGUAUCCAACUCUUUUCAGAUUUGGGUAAAUAUAAUUAAGAGAAGGCUCGACUACAGCCCUGUGUUAAAUAUGAGUGUUUAUUAAAUAAUAAUAGUGAUUAUAGUGAUAAUAAUAAAUGGAAGAGAAAAGGUUAAAAAAAA